AUGGCCGAUAGUCAGCCUUCCAAGGCUCCGGAGGUGUGCGAGAAUCCAAUGCCGUUCGAUCCUCAAUCAGUAUCAGAGGAGCAAGACAAACAGGACGGUGUUCGAGUUGCUGAAGCAAUCACCGCUUCAUGGUCCAAAGGCUCACUCAUCCUCGUUUAUGUCUGCAUGUGGCUUUUGUAUUUUGUCAAUGCACUCCAGUCAAGCUUGACUUCAAAUCUUUCAGCGUACAUCACAAGCGAGUUCUCACAGCACUCCCUGCUUACAGUAAUCAGUGUUGUCACAAGCGUCAUGGGUGCAGCAUGUUUAAUGCCCAUCGCCAAGGUUCUGAAUAUGUGGGAUCGUACUGUGGGAAUGGGUAUCAUGGUCCUCGUCACUAUAAUGGGCCUGAUCAUGAUGGCCUGCUGUAAGAACAUUGCCACUUACUGCGCUGCACAGGCGUUCUACACAGUUGGCCUUACCGGUGUUAUAUUCUGCGUCGACGUGAUUACCUCUGACACAUCGUCUUUGCGUAAUCGAGGAAUCGCCUUUGCUUUCACCUCCUCGCCCUCCAUGAUCACCGCGUUCGCCGGCUCCCCGUUAUCCAACCAGUUCCACGAGACAAACUGGCGAUGGGCCUAUGGAACAAUUUGCAUUAUUCUUCCUAUUAUUGCCCUUCCCUUGAUGAUUACCUGGGAGUUGGCGAAGCGGAAAGCGGACAGAGAAGGUCGACUACAGUAUAAACCAAAGACUAUCCGUACCGUGUCAGAGGGCUUCAAUUUUUAUCUCGUUGAAUUUGAUGCCAUCGGAAUAUUUUUAAUGAUUGGUGGUCUGAUUCUUUUCCUCGUUUCAUUCAAUAUUGCUGGAAACACUGAAGGUGAAUGGAAAUCAGCCAAGAUUAUCGCUAUGAUGGUUGUUGGCUUCUUUGUCCUGAUUGCUUUUGUGGCCUGGGAGCGUUGGGGAGCGCAGAAACCAUUCAUUCCGUCGCAUCUGCUCACCAAUCGCACGGUCAUCGGUGCCUGCCUCCUAGAUAUAACUUAUCAGGUGUCAUACUAUUGCUGGUCAACCUACUUUACGUCAUUCCUGCAGGUUGUCUACGGAACUAGUCUCACUCAAGCUGGCUAUAUCAGUGCCAUCUUUGAUUUCAUGGACCCCAUCUGGCUCAUUGGAUGUGGCUAUUUGAUUCGAGUUACUGGCCGGUUUAAAUGGUUAUUGAUGUUUGCUGUCCCACUUUAUAUCUUGGCUAGUGGGUUGAUGAUCUACUUCCGCUCUCCUGGUCAUAGCAUUGGGUAUAUCUGCAUGUGCCAGAUCUUCCUGGCUGUUGGUGGUGGUACUCUGAUCCUAAUUGAGCAAGUCUCUGUCCUCUUCGCAUCUAAGCAUGAAGAUUAUGCAGCCAUGCUAGCGUUGUUGAGCACGUUCGGUAACCUGGGCGGCGCUGUGGGCAACAGUGUUUCAGGCGCUAUUUGGACAAACAUACUACCGGGAAAAUUGCGAGAGUUCCUGCCCGCGGAGACUCAGGAAAAUUGGUCUGAGAUUUACGAAUCAUUGGAAACUCAGCUGAGUUAUCCACUUGGCUCAGCUACUCGCAUUGCCAUUCAAGAUGCAUAUGCCUACACUCAGCGGCUCAUGCUGAUUACCGCGACUGUAGUCAUGAGUCUUUCAAUUGCAUGGGUACUGAUGAUGAAGAACAUCAAGGUCACGGACAACAAAAACCUUUCGCAAGUUGUGUUUUGA